AUGGUUAGAUACUUGGAUAGUAACGAUAUUAAGGGUUAUGAAGACAAAAAAAACACAAAAUUUGUUGUUAAAAACUUACUUGGAAUAAAAGCGGUUCAAGGUUCAAUGGGACAUAAGCCAAUGAUCAAUGAAGAGAUAUGGAUGAAGGCAACGAGUAUCGAGAAUCUUUCCAUGCCAUGGCUGAUGUCUGGGAGGAAUCUGACAAAACAUCCCUUAACUCUUCUAGACCUUUGCUACGGCAAGAUGGACAACCUUAACUUUCAGCAGGUGAGUGCCCUGGAAUCAAAACUCAGCAGGUUAUACAGACACUUAAAUGCCAUCAAACAUACGCUGAGUCUCAUUCUUGCACCAGGUCAAGAGUCCCAUGAGUAUGCCCGUCACAUCCUCCCAAAUGUCAUCUAUGCUAGGCUGCUGAAUCACGCGGGCAGAUGUAACCAAUCACUGGAAGAAUGCUGUACGGAUCUGUUGACCCUCACAUUGAUCAUGCCAUCUGCUCCAUGGGCAAAAUUGGAACAUGAAGUCUGCCAGGAAUUCACUGUGGAGAAUAUGAUUUCAGCAUUGCCUACAUUCCCUAAGGGCGCCCCUCAACAGCGAGCAAAGAGGGCCGUGGAAGCCUUGGUAAAGGCAGCAAACUACUCCAGGCUAAUGGCUAUGCAGCAGGUUACAGCUUUACAGUCUGAACUGGAUUUCCACAAGUGCCUGUACAACAUUCAGAUCAAAUACACAGAGUCACUUUUCCAAGGAAUCAAACAGGCAUACCAUGCUUUUCAAGCAAAUGUAGCUGAGAUCCUAUGUUUACCACUGCAAGAUGUGCUCACCUCCUAUACAAACCUCAAAGUGACAGCCUCGGAAACAGCACUGGGAGACUUUUUAGCUGUUUUUAAAAAUAAUGUCGAACAGAUGCAAGAUGCAGUAAGUGCACUGACGCCCUCCCCAAUCCAACAAAAUGAUGCCGGGUGCCUGACAUAA